UCAUUUUCUUAAAAUUAAUUAGAUAACUUUGAAAACUCACACUAUAAAGAAAGAAUCAAAUAAGAAUCUCUUUGUGUAGUUGUUUAAAUUUAGUUGAAGAAAGCAGUUACUGUAAUGAACAACAUUUUAAGGAGUGACUUCAACGAGUACAUUUAGAAUAGAAAUAAUGCAAAAAUUUAGUUUUUGUAGCACGAAAUCAAUUAGUAUUAAAACUUCAACUCGCAGUUGAAGGAUAUCUCACAAAUUAAAAAGAAAUCUCUUGAGAUACUUAAUUCUAAAAACGCUAAGCAGGAUAACAAUUAAAAUGGUUCUACUCCUUAAAAAUUACUAGAAGACAGAGAAGAGAUUUUAGCAUAGCUGUUUAAAGAAAAUCAGCAGCUUUUAGCUUCUUUUAAAAUAGUUAAUUAGGAAAGAAAUAAUGCUUAAAGCAAAGUGUUAAUUAGUCAGUAAGUAGCUGAGGAAAUGGAAAACUUUUAGCAAGAUAUUAUAUAGGAAUAAGAAGACUAAUUGUUGGAAUUAAGGAGAAUAGUUUAAGAUAAAGAAUAUACAAUUCAAGAAUUUGAAAAAUAAAAAUCGCAAAUGGGUCCUGCAGGAGUUAUUAUCAAAUAUAGAGAUAUAGUCACCCCAACUGAGCAAUUAAGCAAGUUAUAAAAUUUGAAUGAGAGUUACAAUAAUGCGGUUUAGAUUCUAAAGAAGUAAAACGAAUAUCUUAGUGAAAUAAAUAAAAAAUAUGAAAUAGAAAACGAAUUUGCAAGCUUUGAAUUAAUAAAGUUAAAAAAUGCAAUUAGAAACCCAUCAAAUCUUCAUAAAAUAAAAUAAUCACUAGCAUUAAAAGUCAACUAAAGCAGAGAAUAUGAAAAUCUAGUAUUUUCAGCAGAACUAAAUGAUAAUCAGAGAGUGUAAAAUGAGUAAAAGCUAAGAAGCAAGAUUUUUAAAGUACCAUAGCAAAACAGUAGCCAAUAACCUUAGCAAAUUAAUAAAAAGAAAAUAGAUGAGGAAUGGGACAGAGCUAGAAAAAGCUUUGAUAAAGAAUUAAUUAAUGAAAGAGUUUUAUCAGACUAAAUUACUUAGCUUGAAACUUAUAAUUAAUAGCUUCUUCUUACAAAUGAUUUAAUUUUGAAUUCCAAUUAAAUUCAUUAAACUUAAAUUGAAAAAUUACAAUAAAAUAUCAAUUUCUACAAAGAAUAUCAUAAAAAAAUUGUAAAUAUGCAAAGUAAAAUCAAGUCAAAUAAAAUAAGCCAAUAGCAGCCUAUUAAUCUCAUAACUUCCAGCAAUUCUUUUAAUGAUAUUUCUUUCACCAAAAUUUUAAAAUAGCUUCCAUAAUCUACAAAAUCAAAAGGAUAGAACAAUAAUAAGCAUCAACAGGGCGAACAUAAAAAGAAGUAGGAAGCAUAAACAAAUGAAAACAGCAAAAUUAGAACAAAAACUAAACUUGAUACUAUAUUGAAUAACUCAGUAGAUCACAUAAAUAUACCCACACUCAACGAUGAGGAAGAAGUAGAGCCAUAAUGGAAUGUACGUGAAUGCAAGCAAUUCCUAAAAAAUCUAGCUGAUGAAUUCUAUAAAUCUUUAUAGAAUAGUAAGAAUAUGAUAUUAUCUCGUAGAGUUAUUACAAAAAUAAAAUAGAAUGGAGGAAUCGGUUAUUAGAUGUAGCAAAAGCGAAUCACAAGAAUUAGGUCUAUCUCUAAUAUUUUAGAAUAUAAACGUGAUAAGAAAAAAGAUGAAUUCUAUCUGUAAAAUAAAAAAGACUUCAGCCAACAAUUUAGUAAGCAUCCCCAAACACACUAUGUUAAUACAGAAAACGAUGAAUGUAUUCCUGAAUUUAAAGAUGUCAUUUUAGAGCACAUCAAAUCAAAAAAUAGUCAAAACUAAAACAACUACAUAAAUCAUAGCAACAACAAUAGUAGCACAAACAAUUAAACAACUUAAUAACCUAAUGGCGCUAAGAAUUUAGAUUAAUUUGGAGCAAACAGUAUUCAGAUAUAAAAUAGCUAAGUAAUGAGUAAUAACAAUCUUUAAUAUAAUCAGGCUUAAAUUUUAGAAGCUAGAAAUGCAGGUCAUUUAGAAAAAAAUCAGCCUGGCGAUAUAAGUACUUAUUUAGAAAAUGGAGUUGAUAUAAGUUAUGAACUAAGAAACAAAUAAGUUGCAGGAAUAGAAUUAAAUGGAGGCACUCAUAAUAUUAACGGAACAAAUCAUUUCCACAAUAAUAGCACAUAGUUAGGUCAGCACAAUGUUUAGGGAUUUAAUAUAAAAUAGUUUACUAGCUCAGAGCUUAGAUAAUCAAUAAUAAGCAAAAAAGGAACAUUUAUAUCAACCCACUCUCCUUCAUAUGUUCCAAACACUAAUACAAAUGGUAAAAAGUAAUUAUAUGCUUUGGGAACAAUGAAGUAAAAACAAAACUAGUAGUAUAACGAUGACCAAUAAAGUUUUUUUUCAAAUGACGAUGGACUUAAUAAUCAAAUCCUUUCAUCAUAGCUUGAUAUUAAAUUAAAUACUCAGACCUAAUAAGAUGAAAAGUGA